AUGGAUGAUAAAUCGAAAGAGCAAGAGAAUAAGGAAUUAGAGGACAUCAAAAUCGCUUUAGAAAAUCGAGGUUAUAAUUACGAAAUACCACUCGGUAAAGGCAGCUAUGGUACUGUAGUUCGAGCCGAACACCCCGUUGAUAAUCAGAAAUACGCCAUAAAGCUUCUACCUAUUGUGCACGGCGAUGCAGCGAAAUACCAGAAACGAGAAUUGGACGUACUUACAAAGACCGAUUUGUGGCAACAAAAUAUUGUCAAAUAUUACAGUUGCUGGCAAAUGAACAUCGGCAACGAUCCGUAUCUGUUUAUUCAAAUGGAGCUGUGUCGGGUCAACUUGGAAGCGUUUGUUUACAGCAACGAAAUGGGUAAUGCCAAAAUUGUCCUCGCUCAGGGACCGCCAAGAUUUUACCGACAAGUUUUCCCACAGAUUUUGAACGGCUUAAAUGCUAUGCAUUCCUUGGGGCUAGUACAUCGCGAUAUUCAUAUCAGCAAUAUCCUCAUUGCAAAUCCAAAGCCAACAGAAAUACGUCAGGUUAAUAUUAAGAUCGCCGAUUUUGGUCUUGCUAGAGAAAUUGGUUCUGUAAUCGACGGAUCUCCGUCCCUCACGGAGGCUCCAAAGCUGCAAAGGCUAUCAUCGGGUAUAGGGAAUGAACUGUUCAGAGCGCCUGAACUGGCAACUGAACAUUAUGAUUACAAAGUCGAUUUAUACAGCGCGGGAAUUGUGCUGUAUUUUCUCAGCCGUUAUCUUGAAGAUAAAAGGCAAUGGAAAUCCGAGAUUUUGGCACUUAAAAAUGGGGAACGUGGUCGAGAACAUUUGUCUCAUCGAGACGACGAGACCUUGUUCAGCCUGAUUACAUCACUAUUAGAUGAGGAUCCCAAAAAGCGUCCGAGUGCCAAAGAGGCUUUGGAUAUCCCUUGGACGAACAUUCAGUCCGGAAAACCUACUGAAUCAAUAGUCACCCAUGGCAAACCUGAAGCGAAAAUAGUUUAUAUAAAGAGAGACGGUGAGGUUGCCUUGAAACGAUGCGUAGUGAACGACGAUACCUUUUUUGAUUUAAAAGCAGGAAUAGAGAGUUGCACUGGCAUCAACGCCGAGUGUCAAGAUUUACAUCAGGAGACAAUUAUUAAUGGCAAAGACGAACUGAUUGAAAUAGCAUCUGACCUAGAUGUUCGAUGCAUGUUUCAGAGUGCCGAAAAAGCUGGAAAGGAAGUCGUUAUUAUUGUGUCGGAAAAUACAUUAGAAAUGGACGUGAAUUAUGGCAGUAAUCCCGUAGCAUUAUCUUAGCCCAUUGAGUUGCAGCACUCUCCCCUUGACGAGUAAAAUCGUCUGGCGUUAAGCCGGUUUUCCACUAGACGGAAUUUUGCGCGCGGAGCGGAAUCUUUCUUUGUCUUUUCUAAUUAGUUCCACCCGAGAAAUCACAAGACAAAGAAAAAUUCCUCUCCGCGCGCAAAAUUCCGCCUCGUGGAAAACCGGCUUUAGACUGAGAGUAAAGUAAUAAUGUAGGGCGCAUUGCCACUAAAAGGGUUAAAGAAGUAGAAAUAUUAUUUUAAAUCCGACGUUGAGAACGGAAUCAAAUUUUAUAGUGACUUAAUAAAAACCCAGGACUGUUAGACUGAAUUCCUUUUGAAUUCAAUAAGCCAAUUUUGAAACUUGAAUAUUAAUAGUGAAUAUUAUUAUUUAGAAAUCGAAUGGUCAUACGGGGUCCGGCAUAAUUAUCAACAUUUUCACAAGCCUUCAGAGAGUUGUCUUUUUCAGCUCGAUCUCUUAAAUAGUUGGGAGGGUUUUGUAAAUGGAAAUUAUCGAGUGCAAAUUCUAUAUACAUUUCCACUGGAUAAUCGCGAGGUCGCAGGUUCGAUUCCUGCCAGGGACCUAUAGUUGCAUUUUUUGCAGCUGUUCCUGGUUAGGUCCAAUAAUUGUAUAUAGAAUUGCCACUCGAUAGUAUCCAUCUACAAGACCCUUCAACUAUUAUUCAAUCGAGUGGGAUGCCAACAAAAUCUUGAUAUACGUACUCUUAAAUAUUGAAUCUUGGGAAUGAUGUUGAUAGGUCUGUAGUGUACCAUUCAUUGACCCCCUUGCUAGACUUGCCCAAGUCUCUCUCGAAUGGGUUCUGAUAGACUGUAUCCAGUUUAUUAUGAGAUCAGUUUUGAACUUGAAGUUCAAAACUGAUCUCAUAAUAAACUGGAUAUACCCUAUCAAAACCCAUUCGAGAGAGACUUGGGCAAGUCUACCCCCUUCCUCGCGAGCGAGCGUAAGGUUUGCACGUUUGUGCAAAUGUUGAUAAUUAUGGAUGGUCCCUGUAAUGUUUACAUUAGUUUUACCAUAGACAAUCCAAAAGACAUUUCUUUGUGUCUUUUGGAUUGUCUAUGGUUUUACUACCAAGCAAAUGGCUGAUGUAAUCUGACCUGUAACAUGACGUCACAACGUCGGUGACGAUGCAUCUGGAGGACAAAUUAGCAAUGUAUGCAUAAUAUAACUUUUGUAAACAAAGCAAAUUUUGUAAAACUUUAUAAUAAUUUUGUAUCAAAAUGGUUAGUUUUUGCGCUGUAUGUGGUUGUUGUACCCAAACAGAUAUUGUUAGGGAGCAUCUGAAGGACACUUUAAGGAUUUGUGACGUCAGUGCAAAGGGUCUAUAGGCCCUAAGGUAGGUAUACACCCUUCCGAAAAGUAAGGCACUUUGGCUAUAAAGCCUCGUUUUCGUCUAUGUGACAUUAGAUGAAGUCUAACAUCUCAAUCAUGAAAACGAGGCUGUAAAGCCAAGGCGACGUACUUUCUGGAAGCGUGUAUUGAACCUGCGGCCCUCUAAUUCCGGUGCAGCGCUCUGACCUCUGAGCUACAUACUCGAGGAACGGCCGUGUUGUAUUACUUGUAUAUAUAAACUGUCGGGUAUACAAACUUCGGCUCGAGUUUGUAUAUGCGACACAACACGGACGGGAAUGUUGUAAAUGGCCUGUGAAACGUUUUGAUGAGAACAUUCGCAUUCUUCAACAUUUUAAAAUAAAUGAUUGAUAUUUGGUGGAGAAAUUGAACUUUAUGUAAAUAGCAUGAUUCUGUAUCAGAUAUUCACGCUCAUGAUUUAUUUUGUGUCUUCAUGUAUUAUUAAUGAGUUUCACAAAUGUAUGUCAAUGUAAGGUAUCGUAUAUAUGGUUAAAUAUUCGAGAUUUGGGUCAUCUCGCUCGAUAUAAUUGAAUAAAGAUGGCGCAUUUAACCUCUGAGAUCGUCCAUUUGAUUGCAUUGCGUAUUCAUGACACCUAGGUGAAAAAAUUAGCCAUCGCUGUUGAGCCUGCACGGUAUACCAGUUUCAACUCCCACAGGGAAUGUGACAGGGUGGAUUUGGAUAAUUUACAAAACUGACCCGUCCAUCGUAGCUAUUCUUCCUUGACCAGAAGCUAAGGGAUUUGGUUUUAUGAUUGUUUUACUUUAAUUGAAUUGUUUUGUGUCUUUCAGGUAAUCUACUAUCUCAAACAAGGUAAGAUUUUGCAGGGUUUACACUUUACAGUAUGCUGAAAUUUCCCUGGCUUGCGAGGUUGGGUUUACAGGCAUAUAUAUAUAAUUAUCUCAAAAUCAUUAAUAAUUCAUGAGUAAAUUAGCCAACCAUGUUGCUUUCCAGGUGAUCUCGUGUUCGUAUUUUAGCCAUUCAGCGCUCAGAAAGGGUUGUCCGAAUAGAAAUCCAUUUUGACGUAUUCAGUCAAUUAUAUCUUUCGUUAUUCUUCAUGAAACUAGUUGAAAUUUUGUAAUUAUGUUUGGUUAUGAGAACUAUAGCUCUGACAAAAAUAUUGGUUCGAAAUAAAGUAUAUUACAGGAGAUAUUCGUUGUUUUGAUCAUAAAAUGGAUUUCUGUUUGACAACUAGUGCCAGUACUUUUCCGCGUACCAAGAUCAUCUGGUUAGUUUGCUCACAUGAUACUGGAUACCUGGUGAAGCAUAUUGAUCCGAAGCAUAUGGAUCAAAAUUAAUGCAGUCCUUGGACUGGAUCAAAAUUAGUUCACCUCACUUUAAGUAGUGAGUUUAUCGUAUGAGAUGUCAUUUCAAAUCCUCCAAUGGAUUAUAGGCUAAAUUUUGGUCUAGACAAAAAUUUCAACAUAGCUUGAAAGAGCAUCACAAAAUUAGUAAUAUUCCAAAGUUUCGUUGCGAAAUGUUGUAAAAUGCGGAUAAUAUAGCCUUGCGAAAUUUGCAAUUUUCAGUCAUUUUGUAUUACAAACGGGAAAUUGAUGCCCCAACACCCGAUGGGGCUGUCAAUUUCCCAUGCGUAAUACAAAAUGACUGAAAAACGGCAAACUUCGCAAGGCUAUAUCAUCCGCAUUUUACAACAUUUCGCCACGAAACUUCGGAAUAUUACUAAUUUUGUGAUGCUCUUUCAAGUUGUGAUGAAAUUUUUGUCUACACUUGUCUAGAUUAAAAUUUGGUCUAUAAUGCAAAUGGUCCAUUCGGACUGGACUAGAUUUCAAGUCCUGUUUCAAGUCCUCGGUUUCGCCUCGGACUUGAUCAGAUUACGUGGGCUUGAAAUCUAGUCCAGUCCUCAUAGUCGGAUUUGAAAUAUUACACAUAGUAUAUUAUAGUAUAUCAGAAAUUGUUCCGAAAGAGCUACGUGGUCAGCUCGGUUCGACUGUUCGAGUAUGUGAUGGGUCUAGUUCCUUCGAUAUCAAUGCAAUCUAGUAAUCAUGGGUUUUUCUGUGUUGGUGUUAUGUACUCAGGUGUAUAUGAUGUUUGUAAUGUUACUGGGCUAGUAUUCCAAAGGUCGUAGGUUCGAUUCCCACCGUGGGCAGGCAUAUUUCUCAAGCUUGCCCGGUGUGGAUAUACACUCAGAGUAACAUUACAAACAUCAUAUACACCUGAGUACAUAACACCAACACAGAAAAAAAUCAUGCCUAGAUACUGCUAUUCAAUUACUAUAUAAAAUUAUAUUAAAGGUAAAUCUGAUUGAUCAGUCAUUUUACAGAUUGCAAGCCAGGGUACCAAUUCAUUACAGAAAGUUCAGAGGGACCAGAUCAAAUUCCCUGACUGAAUUUGAUUCAGCUAUUGAGUGGAGCCAUUGACUCGAGUGGAACCAUUCACUCCACUUGACUCGAUUUGAGUGAAUCUAUUGACUCGAGUGGAUUGAUUGACUCAAGUGGAGUCAUUCACUUCGAGUCAAUGGCUCAACUCGUCUCGAUCAGACAUUGAAAUGACUCGACCUUGGGGUGACUUGUUGCAGUACUGGUUGGUAGACAGUGUUAUCGGUUCUUAUGCCCUUAAACUCUUGCGACCUAGGUUCGAUUCCUAUAUGCACUAUACCGUUUGACUUCAGCAUAAUCACCGCUGCAUGGCUUUCUUCGGGUACUGAAAUUUCUUCCUGGAUCAGUAAAUGAUGCAUAGCCUUCCCUGGUGCUUUAUAGAGAACAACAGUUUAGAACUGUUGAAGCUAUCCAGUAUAUACCUAUAGUUACUUGAAUUUUUUGUUUUUCCUAGUGUAUAUGCUAUCAGUCAGAUCUAAAUCUAAUUCUAAAAUGCGAACGUUAUCCCUCGUGAAAAAUGGAACCUAAGUGCUAAUAGUAAUCUGACUCGGGCGCUUCCUACUUAUUUUAGAUGAUGUCUUGGAAGCUUACAACCUCAUCAAAGAUUUGGAGCCAACAGUACCUCCAGUAAGACAACUAGAUUAACGCCUGUAUUCUAAAAGCUCCCACAAUCAGUCUCAAUAUAAGUACAACUGAACAUUCGAUGAGUCUCCACUCAUCCUCACUGAGUAUGAGACUACACUCACCCUCCAACCACUCAAUGAAAGCACAUACCCUUAACUUGGGGGCCUGAAUAAUGAGUAAAGCUUGAGUGAAUGAUUUACGUCCCUUGAGCCACUUAUUUGUAUAAUGUUCCAACAAAUAGAAGGAAUGGACGAACAUUAUAUUAUACUUAUUGUCAGAGCUAUUUCGACAGGUACAUGUGUUAAUGCAGAAUGGUUUUCGUAGUCUACUGUACAUGAUCAGGUGGUAUUGAUCUGCAUUUAAAGAACGUGCAUUCCCCAUCCUUGCAGAUAUACAACCUUUCUUGACACUUCGGUGCUGUACAUGCAUGCACGUACAUGCAACAGGUACAUCCAAUUAGGAUGUGGAAACUUGUGCAGCUAGCAGAAAGUCUUGUUAUCAAAUAAAUAUCCAAGGCAAUUGCAUGCUUACUCAAGAAUAAUACAUUAGAUUUCGUCCAUGAUAUUUGCUGCGAAAAACUAACUCUGUGACUUCCCUCGUGUUGUGGGUACAGUUGACUGUACAGAUAAGUAAAUGCUAUGAUUCUAAAACAUGUGAAACCAUGGCAACACUUAUAAGAAAAGACAAGUGCUACUUAGACAAGACGCACUCGAGUGAGUUCUAUGAAUACAAAUGACAACAUUUUUUAGUGACUGUCUUUGCAUGUUUUUCUUGUCUUCUAUAGUUUAUAAUUGCCGUAAUCAACCAAUCACAAAGUCUGUAGCUAUAGGUGCGAGAUGCCCCUUUCUACAUUAUAAUUACGAAUUACUUGUUAUAUCUAAUUACUGACGCAAUUUGCGAUCCGCUUUGCAGGAAUAUAUUUUAAAAGGUGUGGUUAACGCUGCUCUUGGCCAAGAACAAGGCUCGGUGAGUUUAUUUGUUUAUUUAUUUAAAAAAUUUGCCCUAAGGCGGUUGUAACUAUAAGAGGACACGAGGUCCCAUACUAUAUAGUACAUCUGAUUGACAAUACAAUCUCAAACUCAUUUUGCCAACAUAUUGCUUUAUUUUGCUCACAUGAUAAUACUGGAUACCUGGUCUAUUCAGUCCUUGGACUGGAUGAAAAUUAAUUAAGUAGUGAUUUAUUCGCAUGAGAUGUCAGUUCAAAUCCUCCACUUCGGACUGCACUAGAUUUCAAGUCUUCGCAUUUUGAUCCAGUCUUCGGCUUCGCCUUGGGCGUGAUCAAAUUGCGCGGACUUGAAAUCUAAUCCAGUCCUCAUAGUCAGAUUUGAAAUAUUACAUCAAAUACCAUAUAUAAAGUAUUCAGUGUAUCAGAAACUUGAGAUCACGUGUGGCGUAUUUUGUAUGCUGAUUGGUUUAUUUAUCAGUUCUCGUAUAGUUCCAACCUUAGGACAAUUUGUGAUGUCAUGCAAGAAUGCUUUACUAUCGAGCCACUUCGCGCGGGGGUGGUGAUGGGCUGUUUUUAGUUAUAUGUUCAAUUGUCACAAGCCAUUCAUUUAAUCAUUUUACGAAACAUUUUUUACAGAGAGAGCACUUGAAGAUCGCCCAACAAUAUUUUCAACUGGUUGGAGGGUCGGCCAGUGAAUGUGGUAAGUGAAAAGGAUGGAUGUACUCGAGGAUGUGGGGGAAGACCCACCUGACUUCCCAGGGGGUAUAUCAAUUGUUGUAAAGAUAAAAUAGUAACAUGUAAAUUUUCGCUAUAGAAAGGUUCAUUUUAAUCUUGACUGGAGAGUUUAAAAUCACGUAUAAAUUUUAUCAGGGUCUAUUUAUGCUUCAUAGCGUUUGCCAGUUCCACUUACAAUUGUUGCAGAUAAAAAAUUUCAUACAGUGAAUAGCUUAAUUUUUAGCCUGCCAAUGCUUUCGUGAUUGAAAAAUUAUCAUUCUAAGGCUUUUAGACAUCUUUAAGGGGUGGGGGCGGUUGCCCCUCUUGCAUGGGCCUUCUUUAAUAGUGUUCGCCACUGUUCAGGACACUUCAAAACAUUCAAUUAGCCUUUCUAACGAUGACGAAUAUCCGCCAUUUUUGGGUGGCAUCUAAUUCUCGUUAAAACAAUGUGAAAGGCAAUUUUUCAAAAUAAACUAACCAUUUACAAAGCAAAUUUACCAAUCAUUCGUCCAAAAAAUUAUAAAAAAUCGACUGUUAUGUGGACUUAUCUCGCAGACUUCGGCUGAAAAGCCACCCAAAAAUGGCGGCGUGAGCUUUGCUAAUUGUCUUGGAUCACCACAGUUCAUUAUUUUAUCACGGCGUCGCUAUUAUUAAGGCGAUCGUUUAGCAUUCCUGUCUUGUUGUUUACAGACACGAUUCCUGGUCGACAAUGUAUGGCCUCCUGUUUCUUCCUUUUGAAACAGUUUGAAGAUGUCAUGAUCUAUCUUAAUUCUGUCAAGGUAUGACAAACCCUUUGGGGAUCACUGCGGCAUACUUUGCAUAUCAUCUCGAAUCAUAGGCGUACGGGAGCGAAAAAAUUAGGGGGGGGGCAGAACGAAAUUUACCCGACUUUUGCAUUUUGCAUUAAACCGUCGUAAAAGUACUUGAAAAGCUUGAUAAACUGUACGGAUAUGGACAUCACAAUUAAUAAAAGGAAACUUUAAUAGAUGAAUCCAACUAUAGACAAAAAUUUUGAUCUACGCAAGAAGAACAAAAUCCAUCACCACAGCUAGAAAGAGCAUCUUAAAAUUAGUUUCGGCCUAAAUGCGGUCGGUGCAUUUUCCCGCACGUAAUACAAAUUAAUACAAUUGAUACUAUAUUUUUCGCAUUUUACAACAUUUCACAACCAAACUCUGCAAUUUUACAAAUUUUAACAUACUCUUUCUAGCUGUGGUGAUGGAUUUUGUUCUUCUUUCCUAGAUCAAAAUUGAGCCUGUAGCUGGAAUCGUCCAUUUAUAAAUACUAAUGUUUAAUUUGGGUUAUACCUAUUAGGCAAUCCCAGCUUUUAAUUUAUGCGCGCAGGGGGGUGAUGGGAAGUAAGAUAUUAUACUGCUGAUCAUGCUGAAAAAUUUCGAUAAAAACUGCCGAAACAACCGAAAUAUUUCAAUUUUUACAAGUAUAAGUUAUAACUCCGUGUUUACAGGGCCACCAUUUUUAUUUUUCAGCAUAAUCAGCAAUAUGAUACCUUACUUCCAAUCACCUCCUGCGCGCAUAAACUAAAAGCUGGAAUUGCCUAUCAACAAACAAGUUUGAAAAAAUUACUAUUCAUUGGAUAGCGCUGUUCGACCUUCGUACAACCAGCUUCUGACCUGACUAUCAAAUGAACUAUCAAAAGUAUGUUAUAAAUUUGUUAAUCAUAUUAUUUUCUUUCAGAGUUACUUCUAUAACGAUGAUGCGUUCAACUUCAACUACGCUCAAGCCAAAGCAGCUGCAGGAAAUUAUAAAGAAGCGGAAGAAGUAUGUGUGAAGCCCAGUACAUGCAAGUUGAUUUUCUUUAAGAAUUUCAAACCGUAUUCUUGAUGAAAUUAGUUAAACGUAACCAACCACCAAGCAUUUUUGUUGAAUAAUCGGCCAUAUUGAAUCGUCAUUGUUACCAUAGCAACAGUUAUGAUGUGAUUCUUUGUGACCAAUUUCCAGCUUUUAUGAUGUUGCUCAACAUAAGUUUUACAAAUUUUGUUCUCUUCCAAAUAACAUUUCUUUAAAAAAUUUGAUCUAAUUCAUAACUUUCCAUAUUUCAAAAAAUUGUAGGAACCACUGUAAAUAACUUCUUUAGUCGAGCAAACGGAAAUUAUGAAAUAAAAAUUUGUAAAACGAAAAUUGCUGACACGAGAUUCCCAGAUUCCACCAUUCAAUAGACAAUUCCCAUUAUAGACUAAUUUUUAAACUAGGCAAGGAGAUGCAAAUAAAUCACCACAGCUAUAGAAAGAGCAUAAUAAAAUUAGUAAAAUUGCAAAGUUUGGUUGCGAAAUGUUGUAAAAUGCGAAGGAUAUAGCUUUGUUGUAAAAUGCGAAGGAUAUAAGUUUGCAAAUUUUGUAAACUUUUGUAUUGCGUGCGGAAAUUGCUGCCAUUUUCGGCCCAAAUGUGGUAGCAAUUUCCGCACGCAAGACAAAAGUACACAAAAUUAUAGUAUGCUCUUUCCGGAAAUUUACUUUUUUUAUUGUUUUAUAUUCUUUUUAGGUUUUUCUCCUCAUUCAAUCCGAUAAACUGAAGAAUGACUACACAUACUUAAGUUGGCUGGCCAGAUGUUGUAAGUCAUGUCGUAUGUAAUUUCUGUUACUAUCAGAGCUUGAAAUAACAGCCGAUCAAUGAUCGCCGGCAAGAAAUUGCUUAUGAUCGGCGGAAAAGCAGGGUUUCCGGUUUCCAACCUGAAAAAAGCAGGGAAAGUCAUGACUGCCUAUCACGAUGAUCGGGAACUUUGGGAACGUUAUUUCAAGCCCAGGUUACUAUAAUCAGACCCAUUAUAUCAGACCACACGGUGCAUGUCUUCAGUGUAUUUUCUUCUCCCGUAGAUAUCAUGAACAGAAAAGCCAGAUUGGCUUGGGAACUGUAUUUAAAGAUGGAAACAUCAGCGGAGUCUUUUAGUUUACUUCAACUGAUCGCCAACGACUGUUACAAGGUAAAAAUAUCUUCCUUAAUUAUUUGUCGCUGUGACGUAGCCCUCGAUUAUAUAUAGUUAGGGCCUAUUGUCUGAGAUUUGUAGUUUUUCUCCCUCGCCUGUUGUCCUAGAAGGAAAUAAUUACCCAAGACCUUACAAUUAGGCUAAUUUUUUUAACGAGUAUAUAGAGGAUAUUACACGGCGGUGUGAAGAUAUGACUUUUAUCUUCGAGUGGUGAAAACACUAUUUUUUGAACGAGCGCAGCGAGUAAAAUAUGGUUUGUAACACGAGAAGAUAAAAGUCAUAUCUUCAAGCCACCGUGUAAUGUUCUGUUUAUUAUAUAGUCCCAAGCAAAAAAUGUGAAAUUUCACACUCAAAAGCAAAUUGGAAAAAGUCACGUGAUCGAUAUCUUCACUAGUGAAAUAUAUGGAAAAUACCUCACUCCAAUUUUUCAGUAUCUCACUCUACUAUGUAAUAAAUACAGCUAAUUAGUCGGUGGGGCCACUUGUGGUCUUUUUGGUAAAAAUUACGUAAUUCUUACGAAAUCAAAAUCAAAAUGGCGACCAUGGAAUUGCGUGCAAAAGUUCGCUAUUGUAGCAUUGACUUGUAAUCAUUACGAAUUCACUAAAAGUUAUCACGACAUUCCACUGUUAUGUUAUCGAGGAGGGAAGUGGAUAAUUUGUACAUAAUUUUAUGUAUUUUGGUCUUUUGGAUUUACAUAAAUUAAACUUAAAGGCCCUGUCACACUAUUGCGUAUGAGAGAUACGUAUGAGAAGCGUAUGAAAAUUAAUGAAAUAAUUUCCAUACGCACAAAAAUCCUUUGAAAUGCCAGCGAAUGAGUACCGUACAUCUGGCGUACCUCUAGCGUAUUCAGCGUGUGCCUAGAGUAUGCUUAUCGUAUAAAGCAUACGUCCGAUACGCACAAAAGUUUUGAACAUGCUUAAAAAAAAUUGUCUGCCUCGCCGUAUGCCACCGUAUACGACCGUGCUUGAAACGUAUACAACCUAUGCCUAACGUACCCCUAGCGUAUGUCAGCGUAUACCGGCGUAUGACUCGGUAUGAGUGAUAUUUUUCAUACGCUGGCAUACGCUAGUACGAUACGCAAUAGUGUUAUAGGCCCUUAAAGUCCUUAGAGUCAGACAUCGCCUGCUUCUUGAUUUAAUAUGGCGGAUCACUGCUUGAUUUAAUAUAGCAGAACAACUAGAACAGCUAUCGUGGUCAAAUAAAUUUUAUCGUAUCCAGAAAGGGCUAACUUAAAUUUUGAUAUGAUAAAACAAGAUUUUUAUGCAGUAUUAAAAAACUCAUUAAUAAUUCAGGAGGAAAACACAGAGAAAAAUCAUAAGCGUGUCGUAUCUUUAUAUAUGUGAUAAAAAAUCAUAUUAAUUUUCUCGGUUUAGGAAACUUUAGGUUUGAUUUUCUCGGCUGCGCCUCGCGUUUUAUGUCUGAUAAAACACUCCUACGCGUGCUAUAAAUAGUACUUAACAACAAGCAUUUUUGACAAUGCCAAAAAUUUGCAUAAAAUGGCCUAUUGGCUAUUAAUUUCAGACUUCAGUAAAGACUACAUGUAGUUGCAUUCGCUAUUUCAUUGAAGCGAACUUAAAUUUCAAAUAAUUCCCCAUUGGGAAUUAAAGCCCAAACAAAUGACACGACAACGUCGUAAGGCCUUCGCAUUAACAGACUAUCGAAAAUGCUUUGGUGACAUGCACCGUUUUCCCUGUCAGACAAUGUACAUGCAGUACUUUUCUCUUUAGACAAGCUUUUUCAGUUGAUCAAAUAUUGAUAUUUGAAACAAAUGUGCAGUACUUGUGGGGUUUUUUUACCACACGUAAAUCGAUAACAAGCUUAUCCAUCAAGAUAUACAAUUUAAUAGGCCACUUUAUGCAAUUUUUAGCAUUGUCAAAAAUGCUUGUUUGCUUUAAAACAUUGUCAUGGAUAUCUCAGUUAUUACUGCAGAAAAAUGUUGUUGUAAUAUAUCAAAAUUUAAGUUUUGUAUAGUUUUUUGGGGGACAUCCGAACUUGUGUAAAAUAUAGGUAUUGGAUAAUCCUUUCCUUUAGUCUUUACACUCUGAAUAUAUUCUGUAUGUCUGAUGAUGACUUUGAAAUAGAGUCGAACAUUCACAGUUUCAAACAUUCGUGUCGUAUUAAGAUGGCAUUAUUAUUAGGAAUGUCUUUCUUGUUAUAUUAUAUGUAUUCAUUUAAUUUAUAAACUUUACAACCAACAAAACGAUUGAAGAUACAGACAACAGGACUGAGGAGUCCCAAAUUAAGUCCUACCUACACAUUACUUUGACAUUGUAAAACAGUAGAAUAGAGACAGGGUUACAAACUUUAAUAAAGCUACAAUACAAAGUUACCAUCCUUAAACUUUCCAAAGUUAGUAUAUAUAAACUAGACACGGACCGCCAUGCAUAUAUUGCAGUCCUAAUUCUAAGUCAACUAAUCAAAGUUUGAUUAAAGUUGUAACCUCUUUCAUCGAAGCGAUUGUCAACCAACAAAGCACUUGUUAUUGCUUCAUUGCCGGUUGCGGUACCAUUCCUAUCGGUGGACCACUGGCCCCUGGUGGAUACACUGUGCCUUGAGGUUGAUACGGUGCGGGUUGAUACGGUGGGGGUUGGUUUGGAUAUGGUUGAGGGCUUUGGAAAUACAUGGGCUGUCCUUGUUGUACAGGGUAUUGCUGUUGUUGUUGUUGUUGGGUUGCAACGACUGUAGUCCCUGUUGUUGCGGGUUGUGUUACUAUAACACCACCACGAGCAGGACGUCUCCAGGAUGCCGCCGCACCAGCGGCACAGAAACAGCAAAACACGAAAACGGCAAUAGGUAUGACAACAACGACGAUAACACUGAUGACAAUCACCGCGAUAAUCCAACCAGCUAGCAAGUCGCAAUUGUCUGAUUUACAUUCUCCAUCAGAAUCGCAACAUUCCCCAGUAGCACAGUCGUUCUCAAAGGUACACGAUUUUCCAAUACAACUUAUGGCACAUUUGUCGUCGGAAUCGCAACAAGAUUCGCCCGGAGCACAGUCGCUGUGAAGGAUACAAGACUCAUCAAUGCAAUUAUAUCGGCACACGUUCGUGUCAGGAUAUUUUCUGUCGCAGCAAUACUUUGAAUAUGGACAGUCCGAGUCACUACUACACUCACCAAAAGCUUCUACUUGGCGAAGCGCUGUGAAAACAGCAAGCAAUAAAACAGAAAAAGCUGUUGCCUUCCUAAUACACGCCAUUGUUAUAUUGAAGAGUCUAAAUCAACAACCAAGAUUGCUUGCGUCAUCGUACUGCCAUGUUUGGACUCUGAUUCGUCGUCAUAUAUCAUGUGGUCAUCAAAUAUAGUAUGCAAAUAGUGUACACGCCUAGGAGUCGUUUUAUCAUAUUAAAAUGCGAGUGCGGCAACACGAGCAUUUUCGAUAUGAUAAAAGUCAUAAAACACGCACUUACAAGUGUUUUGAAUAGCUUCAAACACGACUACAAUAGAUGCCGUCGACGGGCCUUCGCUCGAAACGUCGAAAUUCUCCUUAUAUUGUGUUCAAAUUAUUGAUACUACCUACACUAACAUAUUCAAAAAUAUUUUUAAUAUCCUGUCAGCUAUAGAAAAUAAUAUCCCGUGGUUUGUGGUUUUCGUCAAGUUCGUUUACUGAUUGGUCAGCAUAAAAUAAUUAACUAAUCUAGCCAUAAUCUCGUCAGUAAUGUACCGGGGUUUUUUAAGGUUUAUUGUAGAUGACAUUUCUUGAUAUUUCCCCCAUUCCCUGGCAUCACCGUGAUCAGCCACUAUAUACAUACAAGAACUUGUGAUUAAUGCUCGCCAAGUGGACUCUGUAUAGCUUACUAGGUCUGAAAAUUGUAUAUAAUGUUCCGCUAUACUUUAAAAAAGGUUUAUUUAAAAAAGGUGAUUACACUUUGUGAGUUCUAUAUUAUCAUAUAGUGUUGAUUUAUUAGUAAAAAUUUGUGUGUAUAACAUAGGUAUAUAUUAUAAAUGAAAAUAACGCAGCGAAUGCGCGCCGAGCAGUAUAUAUAAACGCGGCUGAAAUACGAUAUUAAAAUCUUGACUGAUGUGCCGUAUGAUUUAAUUAUGUUUUUGGAUUUAAAUCAGUUUUUUAUUUUUUAUUUCCCCCCCUAUGUACAGCUUUGUUAAUAUUUACAAAUAUUUUCUAAUAUUUAAUAAUAUUGGGCUAGGGACCUACUAGAAACCCUAACAGGCUUUUAAUUUAGGCCCCUAGUUAUAUAGUUCAUUGUUAUCUAUUAAUUAAUAUAUUUACAGUAAAAUCAGAAAAACAAUUAUCUUAUACAUUUCCAUCUAUACUGUCCUAAAUCUAGACUUGGAUCCAAGUCUAUCCUAAAUCUUGAUAAAUACCGCCGACUUGUCGUAACUUUGGGGCAUGGAAUUACAUGAUAUAUAGAAGUACUGUAUGUUUCAAGUGAAGGCCCGUCGACGGCAUCUAUUGUAGUCGUGUUUGAAGCUAUUCAAAACACUUGUAGUCGUGUUUUAUGACUUUUGUCGUAUCUAAAAUGCUCGUGUUGCGCACUCGCAUUUUAUGCAACCUAAUGUGUUGAUAGUAGGUACUAAACCAGGUUCACACUAUUAAGCGCCGUCUAUACACGAGCAAAUUUCGUAUGACAUUUUUCACUGACAUAUACAUUUGCUCCUGUUCAUGAUACAACGAGCAAACGUAGCUCAGUUGGCAGAGCAUUGGGCUAGUAUUCCAAAGGUCGUAUAGGUUCGAUUCCCACCGUGGCCAGGCAUAUUUUUCAAGCUCGCCCGGUGUGGAUAUAUACUCAGAAUAACAUCACAAACAUCAUAUUCACCUGAGUACACAGCACCAACACAGAAAAAAUCGUAUUACUAGAUUACAUUGGUAUCGAAGGAACUAGAUUCUGUUCCGAAAUAUCACUUACUCGAACCGACCUGACCGCGUUGCUCAGUUGGCAGAGCAUUGGGCUAGUAUUCCAAAGGUCGUAUAGGUUCGAUUCCCACCGUGGUCAGGCAUAUUUUUCAAGCUCGCCCGGUGUGGAUAUACACUCAGAGUAACAUCACAAACAUCAUAUUGACCUGUGUACACAACACCAAUCACACAAAAAUCGACGAUUAAUUUUUGGUGUUUACCCUAAAAAUUGCCGUUUUAACAGCGAUAACACGCACAAAGCAAGUCCGGAGUGCUAUGUCUUAUGUAUGCCAUGCAUUGGAGGUCGCCAAAACAAAUUCCAUUUUUUUCGGUACUUGUCGGGCAAAAUCCGGAAAAGUCGGGCAAAUUUCUUGCCGCCCCCCUAAAUUUUUCAUUCCGGUACGCCCAUGGUCAUGACAAUAACUUUUCAAUUCAAUUGAUGUUCAGUGCUACGUCACAGCCGAAAACUUUACCCGGUAAGCGGGAUAACGUUUCUCCAUAAUAUAUGAACAAAACAAAAGUACUUGGCUAGUCGAAAAGUUUUCUCGUUAACCGGGAUAACUUUUGCCCAUAUGAACAGGCCCUCAUAUGAACGCAGUGUAACUUUUCAUAUUAUUUUCAUACCAUGAAAGGCGAGAUCUCGCUUGUAAACUUGUCGAAAUGUUUUCUCACUAAUCGGGAUAACUUUUGCCCAUAUGAACAGGCGCUCAUUCAGCUGCAUGCAUAAUGUAAACAGUCACAUGAGGUUACUGUAAGUUUCUAUAUAAUAGUCGCGGGAUCUCGACGUUGCCGAGUAACUCGCCUUGCCGGGUAACUCGCCUCCCUAUAAACAGGCCCUCAGUCAUUAGAGAGGUUCAGACUUUUUGCUUAUGUUUAUUAAACCUGUGAACAGUCGUGGUAGUGGAAGUCAAAUCUGAACUUCUCGUUUAGCAUAUAAUAUGUACAGUGUCCCAGUUGAUUUGGACCCCCGGUCCAUAUCCACUAUAUAGUAUAGAUUUGGACCCCCGGGUCCAAAUUUACUAGUGUAUAUGGACCCCAGGCACAGAAUACUACACAGAAGUCCAUCUCCUUUGUUUUUUGCGUAAGCUCCAUUCGUCAUGAUUCGUCACUCAGCAAGUACCGUAAAAAGAAGCAGUCACCCCCCUGGACGUGCGACAUUUUUAGUAUUUCCAGGGGGGUGACUGCUUCUGUUUACGGUACUUGCUGAGUGACGAAUAGCGCUUACGCAAAAAACAAUGGAGAUGGACUUCUGUGUAGUAUUCUGUGCCCCAGGGGUCCCGUUUGCAGAUUUGGAUUCCCUUUAAAAGUUAAAUAUAUAUGUAAUGUGAACACAAUGAUAUGAACCAAAUUCAUAAUAGCGAUCAAUCUAAAGUAUUUUAUCACUUUAAAUAUUUCUGAUAAAGGUCACAAAGCGUAAAAUAGAUAAAUAGAAUACCAUACAGUGUCAUAAACGAAAGCGAUAGUAAUUGCAUGCAUGCAUAUAGCAUUCGGACCGACACGAAACACGAUUUCAAUGAAUGUUUAUUAACAUAUAUUCACCAUUAUUAAUUAGGGUUGUUUUUAGUAUAUAACAGUGUUCAGUCCAUAGAUAUCUUAUAUACACUAGAUAGUGCAUCUCUUUUAGUAAAAUUGAAGCCACGAAUAUUCCAGCGGUUACCCCCAUUUGAAUAGAUGGCGGCCAUGUUGGCCGUUAAAAACAACAAUAACUUUCAUCAUUUGAAUAGUUUAAAAAUGUAUUUGGAAUAUAGGGUUAACUUAAUGUUUAAAGGUGAUGUAAAGUCCGUAAUGUAAACAAACGCUUUGUUUACAUUUUGAACUCACUGCUACAGUUGCAAAAUAUGAUUGGAUAUAUAUUAUACUGAAUUUUUAACACUUUUCUGGUUCGUUAUGCUUGUAAAUGAAUACAGACUAGAGAUUCAAUUGAAGAAAGUUCGGAAGGUGCGAAAUAUUAACAACAUUCCAAAGGUUGCUCCCCCACUGAUGGAAUGUUUUGAUGCGCAGAAAUAUGCGCAGAACGGACUUUACCGCAUCUUUAAGUUCCCUGUUUAAGGAAUAGAAAACAUACGAGUCUUCUCAUUUCAUGGGAACGACCUGAGACUGCAAUCACGGCUUCAAUUUUUGAAUUGCAGAAUAAUUAGAUGCACUAUCUAGUGUAUAUAAGAUAUCUAUAUGGUUCAGUCAAAGGCCGUUGAGGCCGACUCACGGAUGAGAUCAAAUGAAAGUGACAGAAAGAAUUAGAGCAGUUUGCAGUUGUUGGUGCAAACGAGCACCGUGCGAAUUUUGCCAUUUGUCGUGCUUCUUAAUUUUGCUUCUUUUGCAAAUCAAAAGAACUACCGCGUUAAACUAAUUUCAGUACGAACUUCAGUCACUACAUGCAGUUGCCAUUCGCUCAUGAUUAUUGGGUAUUUCAUUGAAGCGAACUUAAAUUUCAAAUUAUUUCAUUUCCCAUUGUCACAUUGAAUUUUCGAUUUGCAACCUCGCAAGCCAGAGUCUUUACGAUUUUGUUGCUAUUUCUUAACUUUGCCGGAAUUAACGCACAAAAAAUGAUAAACAUUUAAGGAACAUAAGACAACGUCGUGAGCCUUCGCAUUAGCGACCUUACGAUGUAGGACGGCAACGUAACGACAACGACCCAGGGACGUGCUGGGGUCUUGAAAUGGACGACGAAUGAGCAACGUCAGAUGGGGCCCAGUGACGGAUGGAUCAAGAUUGCAUGGGGUGGGGGUAUUACUGAUCAAACGUGAAACAUUUCAGUCGCUAAUUACUCUUUUUCCCCAAAAAUGUUUGGCGAGCGGGGAAAGUAAAAAUAAAUUUUCAGUGACUUUCGAAUUAAUGUACCGUAAUUUGUUACAUUUUUCGGUAAUAUUUUCGUAAAUUUUGAUUUUUAAAAUAUUAAUUGUAAUAUCUUAAUCUUGAUUUUCAAAAUUAAAAUCUAUAUUUUUUAUCUUUACCAAUGUUUUAAUUUUAGGGGCCAUGAUGGCCCAUAACAAGUUCUCGUCGGCUCCUUUCCAGCACGUCCCUGCAACGCCCAGAACAAAAUCAUCCAAAUAAACUGUAAACUAGUUUUUAGCCUAUUAUUUAUCGUAUCAAUUUAAUACUGUUUGCUUAGCUUGAAAAUUCAAGGCAUGGGAAAGUCCGCCAGCAUGGCAGCAUGCUGCCAGGAAAUUUUUUUAAUCCCACAGGAAAUUUUUAAGGAAAAGCAAGAUAUCAAGAAUGAAGCUCGAGAAAUUUCAAAAAUCAGCAUUAAAGUAACAAACAUCACAAUUAUUAGAGCAUAAAUACAACAAUCAUAACAAAAAAAUUUGUAUCAUGUGGCAGUGCUACGACUGUCUGUUAUCAUGAUUCAUGAUUAUGAUACAUGUGGAAAACAAGGGCGUACUACUAUUAUUGAAUAUAGUGCAUGAAUAUACUGAUAUAAAUUGAAACAAAAUUCAAAUAUUGUUUCAUAGAAUUCCUUCAUGCAUGUUCCUAUUUCAGUCUAGUAAACCUAUAUUUUUCUUAACAUUGAGGUAGUAUAUGACUUAGUAAGGUAGUAUAUACGACGCUGUUAUUGAAUUACAACCAAAAUUCAUAUUUUUUAUAAAAAUUGGCAGGAAAUUUUUGGUCCGGGAAGCCUACUGCCAGGAAGAAAAAUAUUUUAUCAGGGCUUGAACAUUUUAUGCAAAUGUUUAGCAUUGUCAAAAAUGCUUGUUCGAUUUAAAACAUUGUCAUUGAUUAUAUAUAUAUAUCUCAGUUAAAACUGCAUAAAAAUCUUGUUGUGAUAUAUCAAAAUUUAAGUUUUGUAUAGUUUUUCUGCUAUAUUAAAUCAAACAAUUGGAUAAUCCUUUCCUUUACACUCUGAAUAUAUUCUAUAUAUAUGUCUGAUGAUGACUUUGAAAUAGAGUAAAAAAUUCACAGUUUCAAACAUUCAUCUCUCGUAUUAAGAUGGCAUUAUUAUUAUAGGAAUGUGUUUCUUGUUAUAUUAUAUGUAUUAAUUUAAUUUAUAAACUUUACAACCAACAAAACGAUUGAAGAUACAGACAACAGGACUGAGGAGUCCCAAUACCUACACAUUACAUUGACAUUGUAAAACAAUAGAGACAGUUUUUUUCUGUGUUGGUGUAGUGCACUCAGGUGAAUAUGAUGCUUGUGAUGUUACUCUUAGUGCAUAUCCACACCGGGCAAGCUUGAAAAAUAUGCCUGGCCACGGUGGCCAGGCAUAUUUUUCAAGCUUGCCCGGUGUGGAUAUGCACUCAAGAGUAUAACAUCACAAGCAUAACAGAGACAGUGUUACAAACGCAAAGUUACAACACACGAUCAAUGCGUUCCAAACCAUCCUUACACUUUCCAAAGUUAGUAUAUAUAAUAAACUAGACACGGACCGCCAUGCAUAUAUAUUGCAGUCCUUUCUAAGUCAACUACCUAUUAAAGUUUGAUUAAAGUUGUAACCUCUUUCAUCGAAGCGAUUGUCAACCAACAAAGCACUUGUUAUUGCUUUAUUGCCGGUUGUGGUGGCAUUCCUAUCGGUAGACCACUGGCUCCUGGUGGAUACACUGUGCCUUGAGGUUGAUACGGUGGGGGUUGAUACGGUGCGGGUUGAUACGGUGGGGGUUGGUUUGGAUAUGGUUGAGGGCUUUGGAAAUACAUGGGCUGUCCUUGUUGUACAGGGUAUUGUUGUCGUUGUUGGGUUGCAACGACUGUAGUCCCUGUUGUUGCGGGCUGUGUUACUAUAACACCACCACGAGCAGGUCGUCUCCAGGAUGCCGCCGCACCAGCGGCACAAAAACAGCAAAACACGAUAACGGCAAUAGGUAUGACAACAACGACAAUAACACCGAUGACAAUCACCGUGAUAAUCCAACCAGCUAGCAAGUCGCAGUUGUCUGUUUUACAUUUUCCAUCAGAAUCGCAACAUUCCCCGGUAGCACAGUCGUUAUCAAAGGUACACGAUUUUCCAACACAAGUCGUGGCACAUUUGUUAUCAGAAUCACAACAAGAUUCGCCUGGAGGACAGUCGCUAUGAAAGAUACAAGACUCAUCAAUGCAAUUGUAUCGGCACACGUUACUUUCAUAUGAUCUUUCACAGCAAUACGGCUUUGAAUAUGAACAGUCCGAGUCACUACUACAGUCAUCAAAAGCUUCUACUUGGCGAAGCGCUGUGUAAACAGCAAGCAAUAAAACAGCAAAAGCUGUUGUCUUCCUUAUACACACCAUUGUUAUGUUAAAGAGUAUAAAUCAACAACGAAGAUUGUCUGCCAUCUGCGUCAUCGUACCGGCCGUUUGGUCGACUCUGAUUCGUCGUCUAACAUCACGUGGUCAGAUAGCAUGCAAAUAGUGCGAAGUACUACUUGAAACACGCGUAGGAGUGUUUUAUCAUAUUUAAAAUGCGAGUGCAUUUUAGAUAGGAUAAAAGUCAUCAAACACGACUACAACAGGGUUGCCAGUUUGGCGUUAAAAGAGCCAAAUUUCUCGAUUUUGACUUCGUUUGGCUACUAAAAAUUUUGUUUGGUUUCUUUCUAUUUUUUGGCUCUUUUUGGCUUUUUUUUGAAUAAAUACUGAAAUAAGCAACUUUUCAAAAAUAGUCUGCCAUCCAUCAGUAAAAGUUAGUUAUAAACUCUGCUAUGUUCGAUCCACUGAUGGUUCGAUCACAUUAUCCGGGAUUCCGGAUGUACGUAAGUAUCUGAUCGGAAUUAUUACCCUCUCCCUGGGCUUACGCGGUUCGCCCCGAAUGGCGGGAAAACGAAAAUGAUAAAAUACUCGUUUUUUUCUUUGCUGCUUCUCGAUGACCUUUCGAUGAUGAUUUACCUUGAUAACCAGGUGAUCUCGUGUUCGUAUUUCAGCCAAUCAGCGCUCAGAAAGGGUUGUCCGAAUAGAAAUCCAUUUUGAUGUAUUCAGUCAAUUAUAUCUUUUGUUAUUCUUUAUGAAACUAGUUGAAAUUUUGUAAUUAUGUUUGGUUAGGUGAACUAUAGCUCUGACAAAAAUAUGGAAUCGAAAUAAAGUAUACUACAGGAGAUAUUCAGUUGUUUUAAUCAUAAAAUGGAUUUCUAUUUGACAACUAGUGCCAGUACUUUUCCGCGUAUCAAGAUCACCUGGAACUAAAUAAAGUUUGAGUUGGAAUUCUUAGUCACUAUGUCAAAUAUAAAUGUAUUAGCGAUUGUUUUUAUGGGUAUAUAAUUCGUAUAAUUGGGUUAGCCCCAGUCCCCACUCUAAAUUUCGAUUUUGGCUUCUUUUGACCGGAUUUGGCUACUUUUUACGUAUCAUUUGGCUCUUUCGGACUCAGACCACCUGGCAACCCUGGACUGCAAUAGAUGCCGUCGAUGGGCCUUUUCUCGAAACGUCGAAAUUCUCCUUACAUUUUUGAGGUAGUUGCAUCCCUACCAACGAAAGCUUGUUCACUUGAUUGGCACUACCUACACUGACAAAGACAGUUCAAAAAAAUAAUGGCCUGUCAGGAUAUAGAAAAUAAUAUCCCGUUGUUUGUGGUUUUCCGUCAGUUCGUUUACUGAUUGGUCAGCAUAAGAUAAUAAUUAUUAAUCUAGCCAUAUAAUCUCGUAAGGGGCGGACCAUUAGAAAUCCCGGAAGGGGGGUGAAAAUUCCCCCAAAAAAAUUCGUGCAAAGAAAAAUGCCUGGAAAAAAAAUAUUCGCGCAGCCAUUACGUCAGAGAAAAAAAAAUCGUACAAGCAAACAGCAAAGUGCAAAUAGUCUUGAAAAAAAAUUCUUGCAGAGGUUAAAUGCAUAAAAAAAAUCCUGCAGAGACAUGAGGCAAAUCAUGAAAAAAAUCGUGCCGCAAAAAUUUUGUACCCCCCCCCCCCUCCCGGGAUUUCUAAUGGUCCGCCCCUAAUGUCGAUAUAAGGGUUUUUGUACAUGUCAUUCCUUGAUAUAUUUACCCUUUCCCUGCAAGCAUCACCGUGAUCACCCACUAUAUACUAACAAGAACUUGUGAUUAAUGCUCGUCAACUGCACUCCGCAGCUUACUACACACGCAAAAAUCUCACAUCUUGUAGCAAGUCUGCCAACAAGCCAUCAACAGGAUGUGUUCUCACCGCUUCUCCCAAGUUGUCGACAAGUUUGGAACAAGCUGUUAACAACUUGUAACAACUUUGUUGAUACUAUCAGACUUGUUACAAGGUUGUUCCAACAAGUCCGACACAGUCAUGAUAUAACUAUAUUGUUACAACAUAGUGUCGUCAACCUUGUAACACUGUUGUUAUACCAUGACUGUAUCAGACUUGUUAUAGAACAACCUUGUAACAAGUCUGAUAAUGCCAUCAAGUUUGUUACAAGUUCUUAAUAGCUUGUUCCAAACCUGUUACAACAACUGGGAACAAGCAGUGCGAACACAACUUGUCGACAGCUUUGUGAACAGAUUUGUAACAACUUGUUUGCAGAUCUGUAACAACUUGUGCGUUUUUACGUGUGUAGGUCUGAAAAUUGUAUAUAAUCUCACGCACGAUACACGUGGAAUGCCAAUGUCCUUGGCCUGUUUCAUACACGUCCCAUUAUCGUCGAAUUUAAUUAGACUUUCUCACGAAGGCCAAAUUCGCCAUUUUUGGGGUACUUUUUUGAAAAGGACGUGAAAAAUCUAAGCGAUGUGAAAGCAUUUUUUCAAAUAUUCAACUGUAAAUUAACUGAUAAUGAUUAUACUCAUAACUAUAGUUAACAAAUCCUUGCCGGGUAACUCCCCUCCAUAUAAACAGGCCCUCAGUCAUUAUACAGAGGUUCAGAUUUUGACUUAUGCUUAUUAAGCCUGUGAACAGUAGUGGUUGUGCGGGAAGUCAAAUCUGAAAUAAUAUGUACAGUAUACCGAAAAGCGACCAAAGUAAACUACAUUUUGACGACCAUGAAAAUAAUCUUUUAUAUAGAUGGGUCAUUUCUAUUAUUCUGCGAAGGCGUUUGAUGUUUUAGAGAGACUUGAUCCGAAUCCCGAAUAUUGGGAAGGUAAACGUGGAGCAUGUGUGGGAAUAUUUCAACAGAUCAUUGCUGGACACGAACCAAGGUAAGUUUUAUAUUCAGAAAUUCCUUUAUCGGCAGUAAACUGAAUAAACGUGUUUGGAAAUUCAAGUAAGUUCAGAAUCAUCCUCAGAGAUACGAUACCCGAAGAUGCGAGUUCAAAUCCCGCUCGAGCCAACGAAUUUUUCGUUGCUCGAUUGCAGUGUCAGAAUAAUAUAAAUUCAAGUAGGCCUGCGGCCUCAGAGUAAGUACAUGCAGAGGUCUCUUUAUAUGCGGCCAUGUUCUUAGCAAGUCCCCUAAAGAGAGGCAUCCCCCCCCCCCCCUUGGAACAUUAAAUUAAAUAUGUUUUCAGGGGGUGACGGCCAUUCUCACGUUUAAACUUGAAUAAAUAUUUUUGAAAUAGUCGACUUUACUUGCAUAGUAAAACUUAUUGUCCAAAAUACAGGGUGAGUAAAAAAAACCUGACACCUUUGUUAUUCAAAUUAGCCGCUAAGGUAUCAGUUUUUUUUACUCACCCUGUAGAUGAAAUCAUUCAGAUCUAUAUCGAUGAUUCAAUUGACUAAUCUGUCAUACAAAAACAUGAAGUUUUAAGGGUCCUGUGGACAGAGAAAAAGUUGACCCUGCUUGUGAUGUCAUGUGAUUUGCAUAUCAAACGCGCUGAAAUAUCGUCGAACCAAAGGAAGAUACAAAAAUCCUGUAAAAUGCCUUAUUCUACAUUUUAAAGAGUUCUUUUACAGCAGCUGUACUUGUUGAAUGUUUUGUAAAUAUUUCUAUAGGGAGACAUUACGUGAUGUUCUGCAGUUGUUACGAAACACUGGUAAUCCUCAGGUGGAAUAUAUUAUACGCACAAUGAAGAAAUGGGCAAAAGACAACAGAGUUCCUGUUUCGUAAUGACAGAUAUCGAGAUUUGUAAAAUAAUUUAUUUAUGUGUUGUAUAUAUGUCAGUGUACAUUACAAGUGCUCGGACUGUAGAUAUCUUAUGCCUGAUUUGAUAAAACGUGAGGAAAGUAUGUUUGAAAUAUGGCAGGCUUCGAGGAAAGGCGCUAAUGGAAAAUGUUCAUUGGUUUAAAGUGCAUAUAUACGACACGGCGAAAUUUCAUCCAAUUUUUUCUUCAGUAUAACCUGUUUGAUAGAAUACUUGUAGCUCUCUUGCUUUCCGAGAUAUAUAUUCAACUUUGUUUGAUAUGCAAAUAUCACAUCAUACUGCAUGAGAUUUUGAAGAGCAUCAUUCAUUUUGAAAUUGGUGAAAACAUUCCACACACUGAAACGGAGACGAUUAAUGAUUAAAUAUGGUUUAUGCACAUAAAAGCCCAAUUUUAAAUAUUUGUUAUCGUUACCCUACAAGACAAACACACUGUUGUAGAAACUCAGUGUGAUUGUUGAAUAUCUCGGGAAGGAAUUAAGGGAGCUACAAGUAUCUAUCAAAGAGGUUUAUAUAUAGUCAUUUUAAGUGAUCUUUGCAGUGCAAUCAGUUUUUUGUAUAAUUUGAGGCAUUCUAAGAUUCUAGAAAAAAAACCCAGGUUAAUUAACCGAUUAGAGUGCAAGACUUUCUCCUUGACGAGUAAAAUCGUCUGGCGUUAGACAGAGUAAAAGAAUAAAGUAGGGUGCAUUGCUGUUGAAUGGGUUAAAGAAGAGUUUGAAAUGGUUCUUGUUUUAUUCAGUUGCCCACACUGUCAUUAAUUUAUACAAAAGAUCAACUCAAAAAUAUUACAUACGUGAAAAAGCAUUGCAUUGAUAAAAUUAACUAAUAUUAAGCGAAAUUCCAAUUAUAUAUACUAUUGUCAUUAGUAUCCAACAGUAAUUAAGCAUUAGUCUAUCACAUCCAAUCCUUCUUAAUAUCAAAUGACCAUUCCCAUUCCAGGUAGAUUUUUUUAUCGUCAUCUGUAAAUUUGCUCUUUACGCCAUAGUGACCUCUUGAUAACAUUCCACUUGGCGCUUGUUCUGCUGGUGUCAUGUAGGACUGCACUUCUGUCUUGGGGCCAUAACUGCCCACCAUAAAGUCAUUCUUGUCGACUA